AGAAAAAGGACCCUUAUCCUGAUUGGCUCCCAGCCUGAAAGUCUUUCUCUGUGCCAAGAAGAUGAAACUUUUUAAGAGCAGUUGAGAGCUAGUGUGGAAGGUGGCUGACUUUUAGGAAUAUACAGUAUGUGGUGAGCAGAGAUCAUGCUGGUUUUUUUCGUUCUUUUUUUUUUUAGAAGAAACAAAACAACGUGUUUAGAGAUCGCAGUAUAAAAAAAAUUCUGAGGAACCUGCAUGAAGAAGAAAAACAAAAAGGCACUCAAUAAAUAACUUGCGGGUAAAAACCAUCUAACCACUGGCUGAUGUUAAAGAACAAACGAGCCUUCACUGCUGCAGAUAUUCACCGAAAGUUGUUACUUUUUGCUGUUAUAAAUCCUGGGACGCAUCUUUUGUUGGAAGAUUUCCGUGAUGAUUGAUAUCGACCAGCUGAAAAGAGGCCUGUGUUUGGGCCUCAUCGUUUUGCUGCAUCUUUUGAGCACCCAAGCUGAAAGUCUGGCUGAAAAAGGAAAGCUGUCAGUCAAAACCUCAACCCAGACAGACUGGACAGAGCCACACAAUCGGGUGAAAAGAGGAUGGGUCUGGAACCAGUUCUUUGUACUGGAGGAAUACACAGGACUGGAGCCAUUGUAUGUUGGCAAGCUUCAUUCAGAUAUGGACAAAGGAGACGGAUCUAUAAAGUACAUUUUGUCUGGAGAAGGAGCGGGCACAAUGUUCACUAUCGACGACAACACGGGGGAUAUCCAUGCCAUUCAGAGGCUAGAUCGGGAGGAGAAAGCGCAGUACAUCCUCCGUGCUCAGGCACUACAUCGGCAAACGGGCAAACCUCUGGAGCCAGAGUCUGAAUUCAUUGUGAAAAUUCAAGACAUCAACGACAAUGAACCAAAGUUCCUGGAUGGGCCAUACACGGCCUCUGUACCAGAGAUGUCUGUGAUAGGGACAUCAGUUAUGCAGCUGACAGCGACCGACGCCGAUGAUCCCACCUAUGGGAACAGUGCCCGAGUUGUCUACAGUAUCCUGCAGGGACAGCCAUACUUUUCUGUGGAACCCCGAACAGGUAUCAUUCGAGUGUCUCUACCCAACAUGGACAGAGAAGCCAAGGAACAUUAUGAAGUGAUUAUCCAAGCCAAAGAUAUGGGGGGACAACUAGGAGGUCUGGCUGGUACAACUACUGUCAAUGUCACCCUGGAAGAUGUCAAUGAUAACCCUCCCAGAUUUGCACAGAAGCUGUAUCAGAUGAGUGUUCCAGAGUCGGCACCAGUGGGCUCCAUUGUGGGCCGUGUUCAGGCCAAGGAUCUUGAUGAAGGCAUUAAUGCAGAGAUGAGAUACGCCAUCAUUGACGGAGAUGGGAGAGACACGUUUGACAUCAGCACCGACCCUACCAACCAGUUCGGUAUCAUCUCCAUUAGAAAAAAGCUGGAUUUUGAAUCAAAGAGGAGUUUCACCUUGAAAGUCGAGGGGGCUAACACAUACCUGGAUCCCAGGUUCCUGAACCGAGGUCCCUUCAGUGACGUGACCAUCAUCCACGUUAGUGUGGAAGAUGUGGACGAACCACCACAGUUCGACUCGCCCCACUACUUUGUAGAAGUGCCCGAAGAUGUGGAGAUUGGCACAGUCUUUCAGACAGUCUCUGCCAAGGACCCUGAUGUGGCCAACAACACCGUAAGAUAUUCCAUUGAGAGGAAGAGUGACCCUGGCAGAUACUUCUACAUUGACAUCACAUCAGGGGCUCUGAUGACUGCAAGGCCCCUGGACCGCGAGGAGCUCUCCUGGCACAACAUCACUGUUCUGGCUAUGGAAAUGAAUAACCCCACUCAGAUUGGAAGCGUGUCUGUUACUAUCAAAGUCCUGGAUGUGAAUGACAACCCCCCAGAACUGGCAAAGUAUUAUGAAGCUUUUGUUUGUGAGAAUGCAAAAGCUGGACAGCUGAUUCAGACCGUAACUGCGGUUGACCUAGAUGAUCCCCUUGGAGGUCAACACUUCUACUACAGUCUGGCUCCAGAGGCAGCCAACAAUCCCAACUUCACUCUAAGGGAUAAUCAAGACAAUACCGCUUGGAUUCUAACCCGCCGAGGAGGCUUCACCCAGAAAGAGCAGAGUAUCUAUCACCUGCCCAUCUUCAUAACAGACGGGGACCAGCCCAUGCAAAGCAGUACCAGUACCCUUACAAUCCGAGUGUGCAGCUGCGACUCCGAUGGCAAUGUAAUGUCCUGCACAGCUGAGGCCUACACACUUCCUGUCAGCUUGAGCCGAGGAGCUCUCAUUGCAAUUCUAGCCUGUAUCUUCGUCUUGCUGGUGAUGAUCCUGCUCAUCCUAUCCCUCCGGAGUCAGCGCAAGAAGCCCUAUCUUUCCGAUGAGGAGGAGAACGUGCAUGAGAACAUCGUGCGCUACGACGACGAAGGCGGCGGGGAGGAGGACACAGAAGCUUUUGACAUCGCUGCCAUGUGGAACCCCCGAGAAGUCCAUCUGGGAAAGAUCAGACAGGACAUGCUGCCAGAGAUCGAGAGCCUCUCUCGCUAUGUACCACAGACCUGCAUGGGGGACAGCAAUGUCCAUGGAUAUGUACUGGCCAAACUCUAUGAGGCUGAUGCAGACCCCUGUGCACCCCCCUAUGACUCCCUCCAGACCUAUGCCUAUGAGGGAGAGGGGUCUGUGGCUGAGUCCCUCAGCUCUUUGCAGUCUGUUACUUCCAAUACCGACCAUGAAUAUGACUAUCUUAGUGACUGGGGACCCCGGUUCAAAAAACUAGCUGAAAUGUACGGAGUCAUGGAAGCAAACAAUCCACUGUGGUAGAUAUCUAAACCAAGAGAGUCAUUCUAGAGUUUGAGGACCACUGGACAGCAGCUGCUACGCUCUUCUCCCCUGCGGAAGUUUGCCACCUGAUCAUUAUCUCGGCUUUGCCGAGAAGGAGAUUAGUACUGGUUUGUCGUGCUUUUCUGAAAAAUGUAAAGACCAUAUAACUUCCAAAAAAAGGCAGAUCAAGGCUGAGCUACACAUUUUAAUGUUAAUCCUUGCAGACAGUGUGUGUCCAGAAAGAACUCUUCAAUUUGGGAUUUCUGACAAGCAUAUAAUGAGAAUAAACUGUGCAAGGGAAAUGCGACACUUGGUUGAAUCUAACUCUGGCGCUUUUUCUCACUCACUUAACUUCUUGAGGCAAAGAAGAACCUGAUGCUGUAGUGCUACUACAAGUACUGUUUUUGAUAAGGCUGAUUUCGCAUUUAUAGCCUAUAAGGCAGUAGCCAUGUGAAAGCAGGGAAUUUAAAAUAUGGAUAUGGUGGGGUCACUCAAAGGGUGUAUUAAAUCUGCAUUUUCUUACGGCUGAUGGUUUGCAACCUCAUAAAGGAUAACUGCAAUUCAUGUGAUUUUCCAAUAACACCUCAUCAGUCUUUCAUAUUUAUUUAUACACAGUAUUUAUAUUUUAUAUAAAUUAUUUGGAAUAUUGCAAGGUGCAUUUAUACCGGAGGAUUUGAAAACACAAAGUUUUUCAACAUGAAUGAUAUAACAUAAGAAAAAUGAUGUACAACAGAGAUUAAAUUCCUUAAGGUUUAUUUAAACACCACUUCUGUCCCAGGAAUGAGAAUGAAGAAGUAAAGUUCAAAUAAAGUAUAUUUGUUGUCCAAUUCAAGUGCAAAGGGUAAUAUAUUUAAUAUAAUUCCCAACUGCUUUUUUUUUUUUACAUUUAUGUUAUUUUAUUGAAUACACUGGGUUAAGAGCUUUCAUAAUUUUUACUGUAUGCAGUAUUUGUAGCUGUUUUUUAACAUUUACAUUUUUUAAAUUUAAGGGAACGUUUCACAGCAAUGAUGCACUAAUUUUUAAAACUAUUCUCAGAUUAGUCAUAUUGUAUGAUCUGUGACAAGUUCUGAAAUGUGUCAUAAGUACUAAUAUACAAUUAGUUCUGGCCUUUGUAGGCCAUGUUUCUAUUUUCUAUGACAAAUUUAUUACAAAACAAUGUUAAUACAUUUGUGUUGUUAAAUGCAGCACUACAGUAGGUGUGGUGUUUAGCACUGUUGCCCCACAGCUAGAAGGUCCUGAGUUCAAUUUUGGAUUUUUAAUCCUUUCUGUGAAUUUUGCAUGUUCUUUCCUAUGUUUGUGUGGUUUCCAUCAGCUGAAGACGUUCUUCCCACCUCCUGCGGUCAGUUUGAUUGCUAUAGCCUGAGAUACCAGAGAUAUGCCUGCUUGGCGUGCUCUUACAAAGUGUGAUUGCAGGUGUUGUGAGUAUAUCUGUAACACGAGAAGGAAAACAAUAGCAAAACUAGCACAAAUUUAAUUGAAUGACGUGAUGACGAUGAUGGCUUAGGGAGAAGUGAUUAUUGCUAUGGCAGCACAAGGAUAUCCUAAGUAUAAACAGGAUUAAUUCUGUGUCACACCAUCCAGUUUAAACAAACAAUGGGAUUUAUUUCCUAUUUAGUAUAUUUUGUAAGUGUAUGGAUGGAUCCGUAGCCAUUUUGUUGUGAGCUACCAGUAGAAUAACCAAACCAUUUAUAGACUGCGUAGCUGUGAAACCAUUGACUGUUUUCAAAGUGACAGAGCAAACCUGCACUGUUGAUCUCAUGAUCUGCUUAAGUGCCAAAUGUAAAGUGAACCUUCUUUAUUAGAAAGCCAAAUAAGGAAUGGAAUAAAAAAGUCCAUCAGUAAGGAAAGUUCAGACAAGCUCUGCCUAUCUGAACAGUAUUUAAUGGGUUAAACCUACUUGAAAAACACAUGGUAUCAAACAGGUUAUGUGUAACUGAAUGUAUAUAUUUUUGUAUAUUUGUUAAGAAAAAGCAAAACAUUUUUGUGGUGGUUAAUAAAUAUUAUGUGCUGAA